UCAUCCUGCAUUCAAACGUCCAGAUGUACGGGAGCCAGUAUUUAGCGUUGCCUCGAGUGCACUGUUCAACAGGUCCUGUCCACCCCCGGAGUCAAAGUGUAAUCUUCCAAAAUGGCCGAUCUGGAGCAGAUCAGAACACGUGUGACGCUCACAGAACACGAAGUUAUCAACACGCACAGCACAGACUUUCCCGGUAACUACGCCGGGUAUGACGACACAUGGAGCCUGGCCAAGUUCGAGGAGAAGUUCCGAGUGAACAUCGUGUCGUUGGAGGGAUCAGAGCUGGAGUUUGACAUGGUUGGUAUAGACGCUGCCAUCGCAAACGCCUUCAGGAGGAUCCUACUGGCUGAGGUCCCCACCAUGGCUAUAGAGAAGGUGUUUGUGCACAACAACACGUCCAUCAUCCAGGACGAGGUGUUGGCUCACCGGCUGGGUCUCAUCCCCAUCCACGCUGACCCCAGGCUGUUCGAGUACAGGCAGGAAGGUGAUGAUGAGGGGACGGCUGAGGACACGCUAGAGUUCCACCUGAAUGUGAAGUGCACCAGGAACCCACAGGCACCCAAGGACUCCACAGAUCCUGAUGAGAUUUACAAGGAUCACAAAGUCUAUACCAAACAUCUAAAGUGGGUCCCCCUGGGUAACCAGGCUGAACUGUACAGUGAAGGAGACAUCAAACCUGUGCAUGAUGACAUCCUGAUUGCCAAACUCAGACCAGGGCAGGAGAUGGAUCUGAAGUUACACUGUGUGAAGGGGAUUGGGCGGGACCAUGCUAAGUUCUCACCUGUUGCCACAGCCUCCUAUCGCCUGUUACCAGAGAUCGUCCUGACAGAAGAGGUCAAAGGGGAGAGGGCAGACAGACUGGUCAGGUGUUUCAGCCCGGGGGUCAUGGAGGUCACAGAGGAGAAUGGUGUGAAGAAAGCCAGAGUUGUGAACUCGAGAUUGGACACUUGCAGCAGAGAAAUCUUCAGACAUCCGGAUCUGAAAGACUGCGUAAAGCUGAACAAACUGCGUGACCAUUUUAUAUUCUCAGUGGAGUCCACAGGAGCGCUGGCCCCAGACGUUCUGGUGUGCGAGGCCACCAAGGUGCUGAUGGGCAAGUGCAGGAAGUUCCUGUCAGAACUGGACGCAGCCGCUGACACUGAACAGCAGAACUUGAGAUGAAAAUAUAGCCUGAAUGGAUAUUGUGGAGAAGAGCGGAGAUAUAAAAACUAUUUCAUGUAUGUCUUAUAUAGUUCGUCUUUAUUUUAGCGUAUCCAGGUUCUGAUUGCUGAUUACUGUGUCUCUUGGUUAUAUCAACAUUAAGGUAUGAUGAUGUUAGUACUAAAAUCACUGGCCAUUCAUUGCAAGAGAAACAGGAGUGAAGAAAGCAAAUAUAAACCGUACAGACAUAAGGCACAGCCACUUUAUUGCCAUCCAUACAAAUGGUACCUAAUACAAAAUGUCAAUGCUCUAGUAAUUCCACUGCUGGCUGCAUUCAGCUCUCUUGCUACUGAUCAAAAAUGGGUCCUGACAAAACGUCAGACCUGCAUCAUCCGUACAAAACUCUCUUCUAACGAUUGUCUCCGCUUUUUCCUAUUGCCACUAAAUGUUGUACUUAGCAUUACAACAGUAUGCACUAUAAAUUACACAAAAAAA